GAGACUGAGAGACUGAGAGACGCGUGAAGCUCUUGAAAAAACACGCUUGAAACAAAAAAGGAAGAGAAAGUGAGGAAGAGAGAGAAACGGCAUAAACAUUAAACCCUAAACUCGAACGUUGACGGCACAUUCGCCGGAGCCGACGACGACGAAGCGGUGAGGAAGAGGAACGAAGUCACGACUCACGAACUUCGAACGAACUUCAAGUACUCAACCUUCGUCUUCGAAGUUCGAACGAACGAAGGUAUCAGAGACGAAGCCACGAAGCGACGCCGCUACGCCCACCGCCCACGGCCAAAUCGCUAAUUGCCGACCUCCAGAGUCCCGAACCCUACGUGGCGACGCCCAGUCAGUCGUCAGUCAUUCAUCGGAUUUUGCUUCGCCACUGACGACGAGUACAAGCCACGACUCAGAAGUCACAAGUCGGAACUGUCAUUCACAUAUAUUUCGAUGGAUCCACCACCACCGCCAACACCUACACCCACACCAACACCAACAACACCAACAACAACACCCACACUGUCAUCACAACCCUCGACACCACUCUCUCUUGAUCCUUCUCCUUCCCCGUCCCAACCCCAACAACAAUUACAACAACCUUCAUCACAACCGCCUCCUCCUUCGUCUCUCCCUCCAUCAGAACCUCAACCACAAUCACAACCACAGCUGCAACCAGAACAACAACCUCCUUCCACCGUCUCAUCUUCCACCCUAAUCCCAAUCCCUAACUCUAAUCCCAACCCCACAAAUUCUCUUCCUCCUUACACCCAACAACCCCAACCAAACAACAGGGGAGCCCCAUAUAGUAGACCUUGGUCUCAACCCACUUCCCAGUUCUCUCACUUUUCUUCUCAAUUUCAGGCUUCUGCUUCUCCUUCAACUUCUUCUUCUUCUUCGACUCCUCUUCCUCAGGCUCAAAGAGGUGGGAUUGCAAUUGGAGUGCCGGCCCACCACCCCACCCCUCCUCCCGUUUCUUCCCAACCUGCCUCCUCUUUUUCUUCCUCUUUCGGUGCUCAGUAUGGUGGUGCCUUUCCACGCAACCCUGUCACUGUUCCUGACCCUUCUGUUGUCUCCUUGUCCUCCCCUACUCCGUCAAGGCCUCCAAUGCAUGGAAUGUCAAGCAUGGGGAUGAUAGGCUCUCAAAUACGACCUGGCGGGGUCGUACCUUCUUCUCUCCAUCAGCAAAGACCAAUCCAGACAGCAUCGGGAAUCAGACCUCAGAUUACAUCCAAUAAUUUGCCUUCUGUUCCCCAGAAUUUCCUAGGACAUAGCAUGAUGAGAACCUCUUCUGUAGCUCCCCCAAGUACAUUAACACCCAAUACAUCACAAAGCCAGCAGUCACCGCAUCAGCCAUGGUUAUCUGCUCCACAUGUGCGACCCCCUUUGCCAUCUCAAUCUUUUAGACCACAGGUAAAUUCCCAAACAUUGCAGCAGAGAUCUCUUGUUUCUCAGCCAUCACCUCAGCCUGUGCAAUCAACUUCACAACCGCAGCAAUUAUUACCUUCUUCACAACAACAGCAACAUUUCCCAGCACCAAAUCAGUCCCAGGAGAAUUUUGGACAACAGCUCCCAUCAUCAACAGUUUCACAACCUUUAGCUAACCAACAACAAACUGUCAGAGUGCAAGGCUCAGCAAACCAGAAGCCUCCAUUGCCAGCAGUGGGGCAAGCAAGCAUUCUUCACUCUGUUGCAAUUGACAAUACUAAUGCUGCAGAAGUUUCUGAACAUUGUAGCACGAUCCUCAGCAAGAGAAACAUCCAGGAGCUUGUGAACCAGAUUGAUCCAUCUGAGAGACUAAAUCCUGAAGUUGAAGAUGUUCUGGUUGAUAUUGCUGAAGAUUUUAUUGACUCAGUUACAACAUUUGGUUGUUCAUUGGCCAAACAUAGGAAGUCCAAUACACUGGAAGCAAAGGACAUACUGCUGCAUCUAGAAAGAACUUGGAAUAUGGCACUUCCUGGGUUUAGUGGAGAUGAAAUCAAGACUUAUAAGAAACCGGUUGUUAAUGACGUCCACAAAGAGCGUCUAUCUCUGAUAAAAAAAUCUCUUGCAGGAGCUGACAAUAAAGCCUCUGCUGCUGGACCAGCUACGGGAAACAUUAAGGGUCAUUUGGCUAAAGCAACUCCCAGUGUCGUGGGAUCUUGAGUCUCUUCUAUGCUUCAGACGAGAUAUUGGUGAUCUGUCAAAUGAGAUUCAACUCUUUAAGCUGAAAAUAUAGCACUAUUUUUUGCGACAAAGGUUAUGUGGCCAAACACUGAGCUCCUUAAGGCCUCUAUUUUGGAAAGUACAGAUGGCUCUGUUGAUCAGCAUAUAGCAUCUGUGUUUUAUGUGUAAAGGGGGAAAUUGUAAAGGAAAAGAAGGCGAUAGGGAAGGCAAGGAAGAGUUUUGUCACAUACCAGUUACCGAAGUAAUGAGUUGAAUAGAGAGAUGAUUGUGGGAAGGAAAGUUGGUUCUAGAGUUAACUGCUUCUCAAAUAUUGGCAUAUACAUAUAUCUAGGGAUGGGUAGAAUGGAGUGAUGUGAAGCAUUGUGUAGGCAGUUGUAUUUCUAAUUGGUCAACGUUAGGUGAAGAGCACCCAUUGUUAGCUCUUUUUAUCUUGGUUAUACUCUCUUUGGCUAUGGCCUGUGGGAAUAGAUGCCAAUAUGAUCUACGCAUUGCGCUACUAAUACAACAUAGUGAGAAAUGGUUAAAUUACUUGAACUUAAAA